AUGGUCAAUUACGGAGGAGACGAAGUUUCUGCACUCGUGAUCGACAUCGGGACGUCCUCAAUACGCGCGGGGUAUGCGGGGGAUGAUACACCCAAAGCAAUAAUCCCGACUGCAUAUGGAUACACAGAACUUCCAGAUGAAGCGGUGUCCGUUCCUGCGGAUGGAGACGUGACUAUGAACGAAGAGAGUACCGCUGAAGGCGAAGCUACAAGUAUUCCUUCCUCACAGAAGAAAAUCAAGCUCUUCCUUGGUCAGAACGGACCUUCUAUGUGGCGGGAGGGGAUGCAGAUCGAUAACCCAGUCGAGAAUGGCCUGAUACAGGAUUUCGAUCCGAUACAUUCAUUGCUUACACACGCGUUAGAAGAUGUCAUGCGAUGCAAUCCAUCCGAGCAUCCGAUCCUCGUAACCGAGCCCGCGUGGAAUACCCCCGCCAAUAGAGAACGUAUGGCGGAGAUUAUGUUCGAACAAUUCAACGUUCCUGCGUUUUACAUAUCGAAUACAAGCGUCCUCAAUGCCUUCGCCGCGGGCAAGGGCUCUGCGUACGUUGUUGACAUCGGGCACUCGACCGCUAGCGUGACCCCCGUCAUUGAUGGAUUUGUGCUGCGGCGAGGUCUUGCGCAUUCCGCUCUGCCGCAGCUCGUUCACGCGCACGCGCGACAUUUAUUGACGUCCCCGACUAACAGACGACCGGGAAUCCAACUGUUCCCACAUCAGCUCAUUGCAAACAAACAACCAGUAGAUGCGGCAGUGGCGGCCAAAUUUGAAUUGCGACAGGACAGGAUAGCAGGCACGACAGAUAGUUGGAAGGCGUGGUAUGAAGCGCGGGAAGUCGAUGAGUGGAUUCAAAGCGUCGCGGGCGUUUUGGACCAAGGUUGGAAUGAGCAAGCCGCAAAUCAAAAGGGAGCAAGACAUUACGAAUUUCCAACUGGAUAUAACAAUUACUUCAGCGCCUCCGAAAGAUACUCGGUUGGCGAGUUGUUCUUUACACACUCCCACCAACUAAUGGCAUCUAAUCCCAAUCUCCCUAAAAAUAUCCCUGCCCUGAUCACCACCUCUCUUGGUGCUUGCGAUCCAGAGAUCCGGCAAGUCCUCAUGGGUAAUGUUGUACUCACAGGGGGAGGAAGCCUCUUCUCAGGCCUUGGCGAACGUCUGCAGAACGAGUUGUCGAGAAAUUUCCCUCAUGUGAAGAUCCAUUCGCCAGGAAACCCUACCGAGCGUCGCUAUGGUGGAUGGCUGGGCGGAUCCAUACUUGCUAGUCUGGGCACCUUCCACCAGUUGUGGAUCAGUAGGGAGGAGUGGCAGGAACAUGGAAGACCGAUCGUUGGGCAACGAUGCAAGUAA